AUGGGCGCGAUGUUGCAGCAGUCCGUCCUCGAGGAGGAGCAGAAGCAGCUGCAGCAGGCCAUGGAGCAGUCGCGCUCCAGCGUGGUGCGGGGCGAGCUCGCCGCGCCCUGCGGCAUCUUCGGAGCCGCGGAGGCGGGCUCCGCUGUCAAGGCGGUGUCCGGCGCCUCGUCGUCCUCAGCGUCGGAGCAAGACAGGUGGUCAUCCCAGUACCCAGAGAGCGUCUACGCGGUGAUGUCGAUGGGCUUCCCGCUCGAGAAGUGCAUUCAGGAACCCAACCGCAUACCACUUGGUCGGGGACAACCCGGAGGGCAUCCUGGCCUUCUGUUGCCAGGCGCUGGGCCUCUGAGACCCCCGGCGCGCGCCGCGCGCGGCGCCGGCGAGCCACGGGCUGCGCUUGCGGCCCAAGGGCCCGCUGGCUGCCCGCGGGCGUUGCGGUUCCCCCCCGCUCCCUCGCCUUGUGGCCCCUCCCUGCCACGCCACGUCUCGAGCCCCUCCCCGAUGGGGGAGAGGACGAGGCGCCCAGCCUCCACUCCCCGCUGCGGCAGCCUUCCGCGCCGGUGCCCCUCGGGCAGCGCGCGGCCUGGUCCAGCGCAGAAACAGCGCAGCGCGUGA